AUGUCUGCUCCUCCCAUACAUAACCCUACGUUAGCAAAUACCAAAGAAGAUCCACUCACAAGUUUAAGUCGUUCCAGUAGCUUUGUAGAUCAGUUACCCCGAAACAGCAGCCCAAAGGUUCCUUAUCUUGACGAGGCACUGCAAUCACACAGGACUUCAAACACCUCCCACACGCAUAGCAGAUUCCGAUCGGGAUUGCAUAGGAGAAGACGACGCGGUACGGCUGCAGGUGAAGAAGCGAGCGAAGAUGAUAGUGAAGGAGAAUCUUCAGACGAGGACGAUGACAGUGAGAUUGACAAUGACGAUAGCAGCCAAAGUGGUUUAUCCAGCGACGACGAUGAAGAGCAAAUUGCAAGGCAGAUAACUGCCGCGAAAAAUACAAACACAAAGCCAUCUGGGGUGCAAAACUAUUCUCAGAUAGAUUUAUCACAUGCGGGUGAUGAAGUAGAUCACUUGGAGGGAUACCAACGCCUUUUGCUACCGGAGGAAGACAUGGAAUUGAUAAUUGAGGCUUAUAAAUACAACAUGGCUCGUUUGUACCUUUACCGAGUAUCUUGCGUUCUCAGUCUUGGUAUGGUAUGGCUGGUUUGUAGGUGGAUGCCUCACCUAUGGGUAAAAUGGAUAGGUAUACGGUCUCCGAUGGGUAAGGCUGAGUGGUUUGUCAUACAGAAUCAAUGGGGAGCAACAACCAUGGUAAAGCCCACCAAUGUCUAUUACAAUGGCACUUUGACUUCGGUUUUCGCGGAGGAACAGCUCAAGCAAGAGAUCGAGACAUAUAGAGCCCAACAAGGUCGAACCAUGCUCCACCACAUUGAUCUUCAGCAAAAUUUACCCCACUUGAUUACUUUGAACUAUCAAUACGUCCGCUUAGCUUUCAACCCCAUCCUGGAGAUGUUUCAUGUCGUUGGAUUUUGGAAAGACAAGUCGUGGAUUACAGUCAAGGCGCUUAAGCCAGGUCUCACGAGAGAAAAGCACUUGGAGCGGUUGGAAGUAUUUGGAACAAAUUCAAUUGAUAUCGAGGAAAAGCCUACUUUGAAGCUGUUGGUGGAUGAGGUAUUGAAUCCAUUUUAUGUCUUCCAAAUUUUCAGCAUCCUACUUUGGUGCAUGGACGACUAUUACUAUUAUGCUUUUUGUAUUUUCAUUAUCAGUGCUGUGAGCAUUAUUAGUACAUUGCUGGAAACAAAGACGACUAUCAAACGGAUGAGGGAAAUGUCAAAGUUCGAAUGUAACGUUAGAGUCAUGCGUAACAACAACUGGCGAAGUACCUCUUCCCAUGAUCUGGCCGUAGGAGACGUCAUUGAUAUAACGACUUUACACACCUUUCCCUGUGACGCAGUUCUCCUCACAGGAGACUGUAUUAUGAAUGAGUCCAUGCUCACUGGUGAAUCCAUUCCGGUAUCCAAAGUACCUAUCACAGAUACUGUACUCAAAGCAUUUAGUCUGGCUUCCUCAAGCAUUCCGUCUGAACGCUCAAAGCACUUUAUGUUUAUGGGCACCAAGGUUGUAAGAGUACGAGCAACACCAUCCGUUGGAGGAGUAACAAGCGCCACUGCUAUGGUUCUGAGGACUGGUUUCAAUACCUCUAAAGGCUCACUAGUACGAAGUAUGCUGUUCCCCAAGCCAAACCAGUUCCAAUUUUAUCGUGAUUCGUUCCGCUUUAUUGGCGUUUUGGCUAUAAUCGCUAUGUUUGGGUUCCUGGCAUCAUCUAUCAACUUCAUACGUCUAGGUGUUGAUAGAACAACCAUGAUUUUGAGAGCUUUGGAUUUGAUCACCAUUGUCGUACCACCAGCUCUGCCUGCAACUAUGCAAAUUGGUACCAGUUUUGCUAUCUCGCGGCUCAGAGACUCUGGCAUAUUUUGUAUCUCUCCGCCUCGUGUCAACAUUGGCGGAAAGGUGGACUGCAUGUGCUUCGACAAGACCGGUACCUUAACCGAGGACGGAUUGGAUAUUCAUGGCGUUCGUGCAGUACAGAACGACAAUGGUAGCCUUCGGUUCACCGACGAGAUGAAAAGUUCACCUGAAAUUGAAGCGGACGAACAAAACACUAUUACGACGUCAGGUCGAAUCUUCCAUGCUAUGGCUACAUGCCACUCGUUAAAACUAGUAAACGAAGAGCUCGUUGGCGAUCCUCUAGACCACAAAAUGUUCGAUUUCAUAGACUGGGAAUUAGAAGAAAGCGGAGGCGCCACGUCCAUUGGAGCGAAGUCAGUUUCCGAAAGCGCAGAACACGGUGGUAGUAAAAUGUCGAAAGGAAUUGUUCCAACUGUAGUCCGGCCGAAAGGCGCCAAAAAAUUCAACAUUUCUUUUGAAGCAGCCGAGAUGAAUAAUGGAUUGGUAGAACUAGGCAUCAUCCACUCCUUCGAAUUUGUUUCGUCUCUUAGAAGGAUGAGCGUUAUUGUCAGAGACUUAUCUAAACCUCAUAUGGAAGUGUUCGUCAAAGGUGCUCCAGAAGUUAUGAGCGAAGUUUGUCUUCCUGAGACAAUCCCACAGGAUUACAAUGAACGUCUCUACUGGUACACCCAUCGUGGAUACCGUGUUAUAGCCUGUGCAUCAAAGACUUUGACCAACGUCAAAUGGCACAAACUUCACAAGUUGAAGAGACAAGAGGUGGAAAUCGGACUGACCUUUAUUGGGUUCAUUAUUUUUGAGAACAAAUUGAAACCAGGCACAACCCCGGCUAUCGAUACCCUUAGACGAGCCAACAUUAGACAAAUUAUGUGCACUGGUGACAACGUUCUUACGGCCGUAAGCGUAUCUCGUGAAUGCAGCUUAGUGGAUCAAAAUGCCGAAAUAUACAUCCCAAGGUUCAUUCAAGGGUCAUCGUCUGAUCCAAAUUCCAUCAUAAAAUGGGAGAGUGUGUUGCAAGAAGGCUAUACUCUCCACAACCACACCCUUUUGCCAGAAACAUCAGCGCAGACUGCAAGUCAUGGAGACGGACCCUUUGCUAAUUCAAAUGGUCUUUACUAUCUCGCUGUGACCGGUGAAGCCUUCCGGUGGAUGGUCGACUACGCUCCUCCUGAAAUUCUGUCCAGAAUGCUUGUUACUGGUCAGAUCUUUGCUAGGAUGUCACCCGAUGAGAAGCAGGAGCUUGUAGAAAAACUCCAGCAACUAGAUUAUUGUGUCGGCUUCUGUGGCGAUGGUGCAAAUGACUGUGGUGCACUGAAGGCAGGAGAUAUUGGCAUAUCGUUAUCUGAAGCAGAAGCGUCUGUUGCUGCUCCUUUCACCAGUAAUACAAUGGACAUUGGAUGUGUAAUUGAUGUUAUCAAGGAAGGACGGGCUGCUCUUGUUACUAGCUUUAGCUGCUUCAAGUAUAUGGCAUUGUACAGUAUCAUCCAGUUCACCACGGUGACGCUGCUAUAUGCUUUUGAUAGCAACCUUGGUGAUUUUCAAUUUUUAUACAUUGAUCUCUUCCUUAUUCUCCCGAUAGCGGUAUACAUGGGGUACACUAGCGCUUGGCCAUACUUGUACAGGAAGCGACCAACUGCCAGUCUCAUGUCCAAGAAAGUACUGGUAUCAUUGAUCGGUCAUAUUAUCAUUAAUUCGUCCUUCCAGUUUGCCAUGUACUUUUACAUACGAACCCAAGAAUGGUAUUCUCCCCCUGAUUACGAUCCAGAUGGCGAAAAUAUUGAGUGUUUUGAAAACACUGUACUCUUUUUGCUGUCAUGCUAUCAAUAUAUUUUGGUUGCUGUGGUGUUCAGUGUGGGCCCGCCUUAUCGCCAGCCGGUAUGGUCAAAUGUUCGACUUAUCAUAACACUCAUUGUGCUCACGCUGCUCACAGUGGUAACAACCUUGUAUCCGCCACGAUUUUUGAACGAAAUGUUGGAACUGGAAAAUAUGCCCUUCGAAUUUCGAUGCGUCCUUGUUCUGGUAGCGCUUACCAACUUCAUUUUAUGUACUUGCUGUGAAAAAUAUUUAUUCCCAUGGGCUCUAGAUAUGCUUAGCUCUGGAAGUAUGAGGCCAGUCACUCGAGAUGGAUACUCACAGCUUCGAGAAGAACAUCACAAGAAACCAUCCAAGAAACUUUUCAAACGGAUUCUUGCUGAUAUGGAAGAUGAGAGGAAGCGUUUGUAA